ACUCAACAUUCAGUAGCCAAUAGGAAGGCCAGGACUUGGGGACAGGAUGUCCGCCGAAAGAAUGAAAAUGAAACCCAUAGGAAAGUCAUCAGAGGCACGGCAGAACAAGCUGAGGGCAGCCUUCAUAUACAUAUGGAAGAGCUUAAGGGGCAAAAGGCCACUAUGGUGCAUCAACUGAAGUGUCAACAUGCGCUGAUUCCCCAAUUUCAGGAGGAGCUACGAACCCUUAAAGAAGAGAAGAAGCAAAUUAAGUACUCAACUGGAAGUCAGCCAAGCAGACAGAAAGGAGGAGGCCAGCGGGAAGUAGUACCAGUAGCAGCACCAUCAUCAAUGAAAACAGCGACAGCGGCAAAAACGAAUUUAGUUUCGCCCGGCGCAGUUCAAGAAAAACAGGACACAGCAUCACAUAAGGCAGUGACAAAUUCAAAAUUACAUUGAAAUGAUCUGAUAUGCAACACCUCCAAUACACUGUAAUACAAACUUUGGAAUCAAUAAAUUUUCAAAUUUUUCGAGCUAGCGACAUCUGCCCCUUUCUCGAAUGUGUUAUGUCUCCGAUAGAGUAUAAAAUUAGAACUUCCAGCGCGCCAUCUGUGUUUUCAACUUGGAUGACCACAAAUCAGGUGGAACCGAGCGCCAUCUACUUGCGACCCACACCAAUGCCUCAGACACAACCCUUUAGUUCGCUCAGGUAGUUGCCUCAUCGGAAUCGUGUAGUUAUACAAAAUAUCUUGACGUCACAGGUGAAAUUAAGAUGGGCGCUCCGGAUUGGAGGUGUCUACGUCGGUCUGUCGUGUUUUCUUUCAUUUAUCUGUGAAAAUCGCCCAAAGAAUAAACGAAAAUUGCUGAAACUUACGAAAGUCACGAACGAAACCCCGUGGAAGUAAUAAGAACACGAAUGCGCGACUAAUUAACGGCAUUUACGCGAAAACCAGGAAAGGUGGUUUGGUUGUGCUGCUCACCGUGACGGAUGUCAAUGCCAGCAAAUUUGGUGAUAAAGUGAAUUUUUGGCAUUUUUUCGUGUUUUCAUAGUGAUCGCCGUUCGAGUCGUUUUCUGCGAUAAGUGGUUGCUCUCCCCGAAAAGCGAAGGUAACACUUUCGCAAAACGCGAUUGCGCUGCCGUGGCUGCACAGCGUAAUUACGAAUUCUCGAGCGAGCAGGCAAGUGAGGUCUAUCGAAUUAGUGGAGCUGCAGCGAGGCACAAGCUCAGCAGCCCUUUUUCCGUUUCGUGCCAGCAGACAGGGUGCCUUCGCCUGCAGUCUUGACGGAUUUUCCAGUCCCGCGACGGCCGAGCGAAAAUCCGAUUAGGAGCUCCCAGGCAAGACAUCGCCCAACAGGUACGGGGGACCCAUCCCCGACCUGUAUCGCGUAAAGGCACGGUGCUGCGUGCAAGGUGGUGUGUGCUGUGAGUCCGUGGUGCAAGCGAAAAUGCGUGCGAUAUUUACACGCUCGUGAAAAUGCCUUUGUGAUAAGCCCGCAAGAUUCUAGACGUGUUGGGUGAAAAGUGUUCCUUAUCGAAUUCGCAGGGCUCCAGGCAGCCCCAGUUCACGGUGUUUGAAGUGCGCGCAUCGGGCGAUUGUGUAACCGAAGCCAGGAGAAAAUUUUCCGGAUGCUUUCCGCUGUCGAGGAGACCGUGGAAAGUUCCUAGUCGUGAUUUGUGCCGAACAACGCUCAAGGUUGACGUCGGGUGGCGAUUCGAUUCGAGGUAGACACCGUGGAGACAGCAUCCAAGCAGCCCUACAAGGGCGAGGGAGCUCGGAAUUCUACAUGAGAUUUUCGUUCGACACAAAUCACUUACUGUAGAGCACUUAAUCGAUAUCUUCUAAAUUGGAUAUGCACAUAAACAAUAAAAGCUAGAAAAUUAACACGGUGGUAAAUGUAAAAGGAGUGAAGCUGUUAUCCUGCUUUUCGUGUGUGCACAUGUCAAUGAGAAAAACACAGCAAACAUUCAUAACACAAAUCACAUCACCAUCGCACAAUGGACAUUUCUACAGAGCCGCUCGUACAAACAACGUCAGACGAUGAUAGUGAUGUCGAUUUAGUAACCGACUUCCUUAGUUCGAACAUAAAACAUGCCGCCGAAACGACAAAUCACUGCAGCCUGAAGCAAAGGCAACCAAAACAACUAUUGGUCAAUUGCUCUAGUCGGCCAGAGCAAAACAAUUUUCAUCAACAACAGCAGUUAAACGCUACCAACACGGCGUCUAAUAAUACAAUAUCUGGCAACAUGGUCCCCAUUAUAAGUGUCACUCCGCACAGUCCGGGGACCAAAUACAAUAGUAUUCUGGAGGACACAAUCAAUCAACUACAGAACAUUCGAGAAAGUGUUGUACACAUGAAAAAUUCAACUGUACAGAAACAAAGUUAUGCUCCUUGUGGUCUUAUUAGUAAUUCGUUAAACUCUUCAAGAAUUUUUUCAUCGUGUCCGUCACUUCCCGAUUUGACUGCAGCUGUUAAUGCCAAUAAUAGUUUAUGGUCUCCACCUCAAAGCCUUCAAAAUUCGGACAGACGAAAAUCGUGGACAGGGGCAGAGGAUUUGACUGACUGCACUAAAAGCUCGCAUAAAAGUGUCAGCUUGUCAAGUCUAGAUAGCGAAGAACAAGAAUCUAUACGGGUGGCUGAACGCCUUCACAGUCGUUCGAGUCGAAAUAGUACGGGCGGAAUAUCGACACACUCUUUGAAUGAAGCGGAAUUAGCUCGUGACUUUGAACGAAUAACUGCGAAACGGAACCUGGUGCCUUUGGUAAUCAAUCGAAUACCAUUGCAGAAGAGUAUUUCAACGCCAUCAAUAGCACCAAUUCGGAAGCCAGGACAAAAAGAGGACAAUAACAUAACAGCAUCAAGACAUCUCUCUGAUAGUGAAGAUCAGGAUGAUCGAUCAUUACUCAGCGCUAGAGAUAAGAUUGAAGUUUAUGCUGAUCAUCCGGAAAAGCGUCGAAAACGGGGUUCGCUUUUCUUCCGAAAGAAAAAAGAUAAGACAAAAACAAAGGGACAGUCCACAAAUUGUGAUGCUUGUGGUGCCGUUAUUAAUCUGUCAACAUGCAAGGAACAUGCUCUCGAAUGCAAAGGAAAGCCAUCGAAGCAGCAAUCUUCAAAGUCUGGAUCUGGAAAGAAGGGAUCUGCGAACAGCGGCAAAAAAAUGACCGGAUGCUACUCCCCUUGGAGAUUGGUCGCUAACAAAUUAGGCGUGACAUCGCAUCACGCCAGCCAUACUUCAUCGCAUCAUGACGAUGGCCGGGACUAUUAUGAUGGGCACUCCCAAAAUGAUCAUGUAAAUUACUCCGAUGAUACACCUUUAAUCAAGGGGGAAUUUUUGAAUGAUCCACCAAUCGGUCCGCAGGAUCUUGGAGCCGAUCCAGCUUGGGGAAUUGCCGCAGAUGAACCUGAUUCAUGGAGCCCUAGUGUAACGAAGGAGAUCGUGAAAUCCCUGAAAGAUAAACAGGUUAAACGACAGGAACACAUUUAUGAAUUUAUAAUGACAGAAAAGCAUCACUGCCAAACACUUCUAGUCAUGCAGAAAGUAUUUGUGGAGAGCUUACAAAGGCAUUUCAGUCGCCUGAAACUGGACAAACUGUUUCCUAGGUUGCCAGAAUUAACGGAACUCCACACAAGUUUCCUCAAAAAGUUGCGACUGAAACAGAAGGAAAAUCCAAUCGUGGACAGCAUUGCAGAUAUAUUACUUGACUUCUUUUCGGGGUCAUCGGCACAGAAACUUAAAAGCUCUUACGGUGAAUUUUGUUCAAACCACCGAUCGGCUCUUGAUACAUUUAAGAUGUAUAUGACAGACGAUCAGACAUUUGCUGAGUGGUAUAAACAUUGCCAACAAAAUCCUUUGUUGAAGAAGAAAGGAAUACCAGAGUGCAUUUUAUUUGUUACGCAACGUCUUACAAAAUAUCCGCUGUUGAUAGAUCCGUUGCUCAAAAGCUCUCGUGAAGAUAAAUUCGAACAUGAAAAAUUACAAAAGGCGAUGGCUUUAGUGAAGGGAAUUUUAGUAGACGUCGACGCCCGAGUUGCCGAGAAAGAGAAAGAAGACCGUCAAUUGGAGAUUUUCAAAUGUAUCGACGUUAAAUCAUUUGCAAUCUAUAAAAAUAAGCAAUUUAGGAAAUCGGAUCUAUGGGCAAACAGGAAACUAAAGUUCGAAGGUUAUGCAACUCUAAUGCAAGGGCGAUCAAAAAUGCAAAAUGUUUUGGUUGUAGUCUUAACAGAUUGUUUAUUUUUCCUUCAAGAAAGUUCUCAUAAUAAAUAUACUUUUUUUACACCGGAAAAUAAGGCUGGUGUCGUUUCAUUACAAAAACUGUUGAUACGUGAAAAAGCCGGAACUGAAUCGCGUGGCAUUUAUAUUAUUUCAUCCAAUCCUGCUUACCCUGAAAUGUAUGAACUGAAAGUACAAAAUCCAAAGGAUAAAAAUGUGUGGAUUCAAUCGAUAAGGGCCGCAGUUCUGGAAUGUCCUAUUGAUGAUGAGCAUGAAACUGAUGAUUUAACCGCUGAAGAGAAGCAAAGGUUGAUUGACGCCAAACAGGCGACUAUGAGGGAGCUUAUUUCAAUGGGAAAUAGUGAAUUAGAAGAUAAAAUGCGGCAGAAGGACAUUGAACAAGCUAUUAUCCUCGAGGAGAAGAUCCUCAUACAGUUAAGCCUCCUGAAUGAAAUGAAAGGGGCACCUGAAACAAGCAGUAUGAAUGCUGAAGAAUUUCUAGCGAAUUUCGGAACUUAUAAAGACUUAAUUACUGACAAUUACUGUGAUACUGUAGAAAUAUGGAAAAGAGUAUUAAAUACUGUACAGGAAAUAGGCCAUUUGGCUUCAUCUUUGUAUACUGCAGCUACUGGUCUUCCAGUUUCACGUUCAUUUAGUUCUGUUGGUGAGCGGCAAAGUGAGGGCUACACGUCACCAAUUCUACCGAAACGCGCUGAAACCUUUGGUGGUUUUGAUGAGCGUCGAAAUAAGAGUAAUAUUCCUUGGCGAGACGCAGUCUUAUCAACAUUGCCAAUGGCACCAAUGCCAACUAGAGACAAUCAUUAUUAUCAAGGAACUGAUAAACGAGACUCAAUAGCUUCAGAAUGUGAUACUAAUUCGAAUACCUUAUCUGUUUAUCAGAACAGUUUAAAAGCACAAUCUGAGAAUAUUUCCCUGAAAGAUCAUAAUUAUGCAGCGCUGCAAGUCUCCCACCAUCUCCACACAUUACUUUGUAUAAUUUCUCAACAAAUGACAACAAUUAACAAUCUGCGUACUCAACUUGCAAGUUUCCGCGAUAACCCAAAAACACUCUACAAGCACAACGAUCAGCUGGAAGAACUAAGAAACUUGCAAGACAAGUUACAAGAAGAGAAACAAGCGUGGUUGAAACAGAAAGAGCAGCAAGAAAAAGAUUUAGAAGAACAGCGCAAUGCGCAAUUAGCGAUUGAAAAACAGAAUAAAGCCGACCAAGAGGAUAUUCGGCAGCAGAGAGAACAGCUUUAUAAGAAAAUGGAAAUGCUUUACAGUCAAGGAUUGCUUCUUUCCCCAAAUACCCCGUUAUCAAUUGCCAAUGUAGCUCCAAAUGCAGAUACUGAUAAUCAUCCACAUAGCUCAGACGAGUAUCAUCAUUUGCAUGGAACCCUUUCAGACAAACGCAAUGACAAAUGGCGUUCUGCAUCCAUUAAUAAAACACCCCCUGCAAAUCUGUUAAGUGCAACCAACGCUCCAAAGGUCAAUCAGGCAAAUGUUAAACAACAAAUACCGAUGAAAUUGUCAUCAUUGUCGAGCACAAAAUCCGACAAGGCACCAACUUCUAGUAAUUCAAAUAAUUCACCAAUUAAUCCUAGUGGCGGAAUCACACAAAUAUUUCCCUUAAAAUUGGCUGACAAAAAGAACCAAAAUAUAAACCAUUCACGAACUGGAAGCAGUCCAGCGAUAAUUCAACAACCUGUCCCUCAACAGUCAGGCAAUCCUGCCACACGCACCAAUACUUACCCCAAGCUUCCUGAAAGAUAUCGAGUUCGUAGCUCGGAUGUAGGCCUUCCACUUCACCACCAACUACAAUCACAACACUCCACACCCACCCCUGGAACAGUGUCGCCUUUACCGAUGUCAGCAACACAAGGAUCCCACAGUGGCAAAACAAUGCAAUACGGUAAUGUAUCUAUGAUGUCGUCAAAUAGCUCACAACCUACCGCAAUUGGAACGCCGACAAUGGUGAAAAAAUCAAUUUCGUCGAGCAAUAGCCGGCCGAACCCCUCAAAUCAGUCUUCUACUGGUUCCAACGACAAACCAGCUACUUCAAAUCAAGAGGAAGAGGAAAUAUACUUCUGAUACAUGCCAGUCGAAGUUGAAAUUUAAGUUUUUUGCUCUUUUUUCAAAUUUUCAUAAAGAGAAAUUGGUCAAUGGCUAUGUGAACAAUAGAUAUGCGUUUCCAAAUUCAAGUUUCACAAAAGUCGUUAAGUUAAUUUUAUAUAUAGCAUGAAGCAAACAAGCCAAUUCUUUUCCAGUUCAUAGAAUGUGUACGCUUGGAAGGCCAUUCUUAAUAUUUAGCAACAAUUUCAAAAAUAAUAGAAUUAUUUCCAAAUACUUCAAUGUUUUACAGCUAAUAUCGAUUUGUUCACAUACUCCGGAAUUUAACGAAAAUUCCGGGAACUCAUUAUAAUUGAAAUCAAAGAAAACAGACUAUAUUUAAUACUGAAGAUUUUAAAGGAAUUGAAUGCUGAUUUAAUGGUAUCGAAUUUGUACUUAAAUCGAUUUUAGUCGAACAUAAGAUAGUUAAAACCGCAAAAUAAGAUAGCGAUUCACCUUAAUGACGCCGUGUUUUGCAUUUUACCCCUUUUGGGAAAUAUUAAUAGUUGUUAUGUUCAGAAUCCAAUAAUUUACGAUUAUUUAUUAAAAAUAAAUGGUAAAAUUUUGAAUUUCCUCUAAAUACUUACUCUUUAAGCAAUAUAUAUUUUUGAACAAAAAGAACAACUAAUUUCAGCAAUAUUUUCUGUCCUCUCGUAUUUUAACAUUUGUUUAUAAUGAGAUAAAGUUGUACUUAUACAUUUAGAUCAUAUGAAAACAGUUUCCACGAAGCAAAAUUAUGAGAACAGGAACAUUUGAUAUAUUAAAGCAAAAACGUAAACUGUUUAGUCUUAAUAGUAGAGGUAAUGAUAAUCUUUUCCAGUAUUUAUUGUGUAUUGUAAGUGAAUAGGGAUUUCAAUUGAAAAGUUUUCAAUCCUGUUGAAACCUCCUUACGUCUCCAAAAUUCUACAAGGAAAUAUUGUAAACAUUGUUUUUAACUAUUAUUCACUUAGAGCUUAAAACAUAACGAAAAUAUAAAACAAAUUGCUAUUAU